AUGGUGGACGGGCUGGGGUCCAGGAGACGCGUCUCCGCGGGGAGCCCUGGGAGGACUGCACGGAGGGGCCCCGCCGAGCGCGCGGGGAAGGGGGGGCGGAGCCUGGGGGGGUCUGGCCGUCGGGAGGCGGAGGCGGAGGGCGCAGGCGCGGGCGGGGCGCGGGGCGGGGGCGGGGGCGGGGGCCGCGGCCCGGGCCGGAGGCGGGACCCGCCCCCGAGCACAGGUCCCGGCGCGCGGGGCUUGCGGUUGCGUCAGUCGGGCCUGCCCGGGGCCGCCUCCCGCCUCCGCCCUCGCCAGCCCGGUGCUGCGGGGUCGCCACCCUCGCGCGCCCCUGCCCCGCCAUCAGGUGCACCCACCGGGCCGUGCGGGACACGCUCCCCCCACCCCUCACACACCCACGGAGGCCGCGGCCGGUCCCCGCGCUCCCACUCACCCGGGACCCCGGCGGGUGGCCGGCCCCCACCCCCGGCCGCUGUCCCCCGGGGACGGGGUGGUGGGGAGUGCAGGCGCUCCGGCAGGACCCUGGGUGCAGGCCGUGGUGCCAGCCCCUUCCCCGCCCGGCGCCCCCGCCUCCAGCUGCAAAUGGAGUCUGGAUCCCGACCCGGCGCCGAGCAGCCCGCAGGGACCCUGGGUCUCCGGCUCCUGGGCCGCGCCCGGCCUGCCACGGGCUCCUCUGCAGACUCGGCGCCCUCUGGCCCCUGCGCCCUCCCCGCUCGGGGACUGCCCACAGGCGCGCAGGAGGCCGGGGCUUUGCGUUUCCUUAUCAGAGCCCCAGGCGCACAGGCCCUGGCCCGGCCUGGCUGCGAGUCAGCGCUGGCUGGAUUUGCUGACGGAGAUUCCAGGAAACCUCAGCCGGCUGCUGCCCUGGCCGGAGCCUGGAGGGCGCCGAUGAAGGGGGGCUAAGAGGUCAGCCCCAGAAGGAACCAUGCAAGGGAGUCUGAUGGCAACCAGAGUGGGAGGCGCUAUCUGUGUGUCUGUCUGUCAGCUCCUGGGAGCCCCAGACACCCCAACUCACUGCCACCUUGGGGCCUUUGCACGGCCGUCCCCGUUUCUUGGGGGGCUGUACUCCAGCCUCGUGGCCCCUGCGCUGCACUGCAGCUCCGCUCGGAGGUCACUAUCCCGGAGACGUCAGCUUCUCUCUUAGAUCUUCGUGCACCGUUGCCCCUGCCCUUCCCGUGCUCCGUACCCUUCCUAGCACUGACCGUCUUCUGUGGCCUGGGUCCUGGGGCAGGGCCUUUUGCCCACUUGCUCGCUCCCUUGGCUCGUGUUGGCGCAGUGAUGCCCACAACGAGAGGGGCCAGUGGCAGAGGCUCUACGGGCGCAGCUCACCUCUCUCUGCAUCCUUGAACUUGAUGGUCCUGCGCCGGGGCAGCCGGGGACUGGCAGCCACCUCGGCCAGGAACCCGGAGUUGCAGAAGCCCAGGCUGCUGCCCCGGUUUCUGAGCACCAGCUUCAGCUCCUGGUUCUCCUGGAUGAGCUGCACGAGCCGCCGCAGCUCCUCGUUCUCCUGGGCCAGCCGCUGGAUCUCCUGCCGCAGGCCCUCAUAGCUGCUGAGCAGCGACAUGACGGGCAGGGGGCGACUGGGGGGCCACCAGCGGCUCGCCUGGGACAGCAGACCCUGCCAUUGUGAGGUCAGCAGGUGCCCCUGCCCCCAGGCCUCGGCCACAUUCCAAAGCUUCCGCUCCCGACCACCCUGGGCGGGGGUCGCCCGACCUCUGACCUUUGCCCACUGUGGGCCGGACCACCAGCGGGUGCCCAUGACUGCCCCCAACCCGGGGAGCCUUCCAGAAAGAGCGUGGUGGGCACGGCAUUUCCCGAAGACAUCAGGGGUGGACGUUCGAGGGACCCUGUGGGAGGUGGGGGGGGGCUGCAUGGCUGCAGCGACAGCAAGGGCUGCAGGGACCCGG